AUGUCGCAACGAGCAGCACUUCUUAUCGGCAAGCUGUCACACGCUCAAAAAGAAUGGCAGCAGGUCUCGCAAGUAGCAUCGAAGCUGCACGAGUACCCCGAUGGUAACCGAGAAGACUUCCUCUCAAAGUGCAAGAGCGGUAAAUUUGACGGCAUCUAUGCUCUCUACCGAAGUAACGACUCAAACCCGAUUACCGGAGAUUUCAACGCGGAACUGCUCGACGCUCUGCCUAAGAGCCUGAAGUAUGUUUGCCACAACGGAGCGGGAUACAACAACAUCGAUGUCGCAGCAUGCACAAAGAGGGGAAUAUCGGUUUCGAGCACGCCAAUAGCGGUUAACGACGCGACUGCAGAUGUUGCCAUAUGGCUCAUGCUAGGCGCGCUGCGAAAUAUCAAGCAAGCAUACAUGGCAGUCAACAACGGCAAGUGGCGCGGUAACUUCUCCCUCGGUCACGACCCCAAGAACAAGACACUCGGUAUCCUGGGCAUGGGUGGCAUCGGUUCGGCAGUCGCACAUCGCGCAAAGGCAUUCGGCAUGAAGAUACAAUACCACAACCGCAACCAACUACCAGCCAACGAGGAGAAUGGAGCAAAGUACGUCAGCUUCGAGGAACUGCUCAAGACAUCCGAUGUGCUCAGUUUGAACUUGGCACUCAACCCGUCGACUACGCACAUCAUUGGCAAGGAGCAGUUCAACACAAUGAAGGACGGGGUGAUAAUCGUCAACACUGCACGAGGUGCAUUGAUCGAUGAGGCCGCUCUGGUGGACGCGCUGAAGAGCGGCAAGGUCUGGACAUGUGGACUGGACGUGUUUGAGGAGGAGCCGAAGAUCCACCCGGAACUACUGGAGUGCGAGAGGGCGGUGUUGCUGCCUCACGUUGGAACCGGCACAUACGAGACACAGCGCGACAUGGAGAUAUUAGUCCUGGAUAACUUGAAGUCGGCUAUCCAGAGUGAUAAGCUGUUGACGCAAGUACCCGAACAGAAGGGCAAGGCAAACUUGUGA